AUGGUGGCGGCAGACCAUAUCACCUCGGCAAGUCACCUGCUGGGGCUGGAGAAGCUGGGUGCGGCCACUCGCGGUUCCCUGGAGAGGCUCGGUCUGCAUGUCAUCCGCAAGGAGACAGACAUCCAUCUGGACACCUUCCACGUCACCCUGCUGGCAGUAUACUUCCCGGCGGACGUGACGGACAGGAAACACUUCAUCAGCAGGGUGCUGGGGCCGGUGGUUGAUGCGGUGCACCCCGGCGCUCACCUGCUUAUAGUGGGGGAUUUCAACCUAAUGGAGGACCCGCUACUGGACAGGACGUCAAAGAAAGGGACAACGAAGGAGAAUGAUGUUCUGUACCAGCGGUGCAGUGUGUUCAACGUGUCGGAUGCUUUCAGAGUGCUGCACCCCUACAGGAGGGAGUUUACCUUUUACUCGUGUGCUAAUCAGUCCAGCUUACGAAUCGAUCGGGUGCUUGUCUCACAGUCGCUGCUGUCGCACGUGGAGUUUGCCUCGCAUAUCAUGCCGGCGGAUCCCAUCUCGGAUCACAACUUUGCGGUGAAGGCGGCUUUCCGGAUGAAUACGAAGGUGCAGAUGGGACCAGGCCUCUGGAGGCUCCCUGCAUAUUUGAUCGGGAGACCAGGGGUCAGAAAGGUCAUCGAGGCGGUAGAGAAGCAAGUGGCAGCAAAUGGCGAUGAUUUCGAGUUGUUGCUGUCCAGGUUAAACGCCGGGCUUAGAGUGUACGCGACGGAGGAGAGGAAGCGCAUCAGGGCCACGAUGGCUCACCUUCAGCGCACGGUCGCUGACUUGAAGCAGGCCUGGCUGGGUGACCCGAGCUGUGCUCGGCUGAAGGAGUUGCUGGACGAGAGGGAGGCGCAGCUGAAAAGUUAUCGGCUCGCACGGCAAGAGAGGCUGCAUGUGAUGGCCGGAAUGAACGAGUUGGUCAUGGGGGAGGUGGCUUCCCCACACCUGUCUGCGAAUAUAAGAUCCAGGAAGGAGAAGACACAGAUCAAGAAGUUAAGCGCCGGGGGGGUUCUGGUCAUUGGAAACAAGGAGAUCCUGGGCGUGGCUUCUCAAUUCUACAGAGACCUCUUCGGGACGGACAGAUAG